GGAUGAUGAUUUGAAGUCAACCUCCCCCAAUCAUCUCUCUGGUACACCUCCGUGCCAAUGGCGGAACCUCCUCCUUCCUCCUCCUCGUCACGGCGCCGCCUCAAGAUUGGCAUAAUAGGGUUCGGCCCCUUCGGCCAGUUCCUUUCCAAAACUAUCCUCAAACACGGCCACACCAUCACCGCCACCUCCCGCACCGACCACUCCCACCUCGCUUCCGAUUUGGGGAUCUCAUUUCACAGAGACAUGAAUGGAUUUGUGGAGGCAGACAACGACGUGAUACUGAUUAGUACGUCAAUCGUGAGCCUAUCGGACGUUGUGAGUUCGAUGCCAUUCCACAGCCUGAAACGGGCAGCCACACUCUUUGUGGACGUGCUCUCGGUCAAGGAAUACCCAAAAGAGUUUCUACUGCAAGUGCUGCCUCCAGAAUCAGACUUGCUUUGCACGCACCCCAUGUUUGGACCUGAGAGCGGGAGAGAUGGGUGGAAUGGCCUCAACUUUAUGUAUGAAAAGGUCCGGGUAAGGGAUCAUGCUGUCUGCUCAAGUUUCCUUGGAAUUUUCAAAGAUGAGGGUUGCAAAAUGCUGGAAAUGUCUUGUGAAGAGCACGACAAAUUGGCUGCUAGAAGUCAAUUUCUCACUCACGCAGUUGGCAGGACCUUGUCAGAAAUGAAGAUCGAGUCUACAUCCAUAGACACCAAGAAUUUUCAGUCACUGGUUAAAUUGAAAGAAAGCACGACGAAAGAUAGUUUCGAUCUGUUUUGUGGGUUAUUUGUCCAUAAUAAAUAUGCCAGAGAAGAGCUGAAGAACCUAGAAGUAGCUUUUCAGAAUGUUAAAAGGAAGCUGCUAGAUGGGAUGAGCAAGAAGUUGGAUCUGAGUGUCUCUAACCAUUGACAAAGAACACCAUUCAAAUGUUGUACUAUAUUCGACUCAUGUUCUGCCUUCACUUAGUGCAUGAAUGCUCUUCACAAUAUAGUUUGAUUAUUAUUCUCUUUUUCUUUUUUCUUUUUUGAGAAUGAUGGCAUCAUUGCUGUAAGUUAAGAUCAAAUAAAAAACAUAAUCUUGUACUUAUUUGAUUCCUUCUUCUAUGAUAGAUACAGAAUUGCUUGGA